AUGGGAUCGGUGCGAAAUGGAUCGGACGCGACUGCGGCAAAGAAGAAAGAGGAACCAGCAGUAUCGAGGAGAUUUUGGGUCGAGGAGAAUGGAGAACACUUUCACCACCUCAAAGGCGCAAAACGGCAGGACAAGUUGACAGAUAUAUUCCGCGAUCUGAUGCUAGGCAAGAAGAAGGACCACCACGACGAGCAGCCACUGUCACUCAUGUCAACCUGGGUCGACCAGAUCAAGAGCGAAAAGGACAAGUUGGCCAAGGAGAAGAAGGACGGUCCUAACGCCGCGGCAUCGUUGGUACAGAAAUACGGCAAAUGCCAGGAAAUUGUCGGUCGCGGCGCAUUCGGAAUUGUGCGCAUUGCUCACAAAGCGGACCCGAACAACUCAAAACAGGAGCAACUUUACGCUGUCAAGGAGUUUCGUCGAAGACCUCAGGAGGACUCGAAGAAGUACAGCAAACGACUCAACUCGGAAUUCUGCAUCUCUUCGUCACUACGGCACCCGAACGUCAUCCACACUCUGGACUUGCUCGAAGAUGCAAAAGGAGACUACUGCGAAGUCAUGGAGUUCUGCGCUGGCGGGGAUCUCUACUCAUUGGUACUUGCAAACGGCAAGCUGGACGUCCUCGAGGCCGACUGCUACUUUGCGCAGCUCAUGCGCGGAGUAGAAUAUAUCCACGAAAUGGGCGUCGCGCACCGCGACUUGAAACCAGAGAACCUCCUCCUCACCACCCACGGAGCUCUGAAGAUCACAGACUUUGGCAAUGGCGAGUGCUUCCGCAUGGCGUGGGAAACAGAACCACACAUGACAGCAGGAGUUUGCGGCAGUGCUCCGUACAUAGCUCCUGAGGAAUACACCGACAAGGAGUUCGACCCACGUGCAGUUGACGUUUGGGCUUGCGGUGUCAUCUACAUGGCCAUGCGGACCGGCAGACAUCUCUGGCGAGUGGCCAAGAAGGAUGAAGACGAAUUCUACGAAAACUACAUUCGCGGCAGAAAGAGUGAGGAGGGCUAUGCUCCGAUCGAGACACUGCAUAGGGCUCGCUGUCGUAACGUCAUUUAUAGCAUCCUCGACCCGAACGCCAGCCGCCGAAUCAGCGCCCACCAGGUCCUCAACUCCGAGUGGGGAAAGGGCAUCAAGCUCUGUAAAGCCGGCGAGCAAGGCUUAUAA